GACUAUAACGGAAGAGCUCGGAGGAGCUAGGGUUUUGCAUCGCGGCGCAGGGGGGUUUAACACGGACCUCGUCGCGUUCGUCGCCGGCGUCGAUGGAGCAGGCGUCGUCGCUGCUUUUCUCUGGCAUCCAUCUCGACCGGAAAAGAUUCGCCGGUGACAUCGCCCGAUUUAAGCCGAAGAAGGAGCCGGAGAAACCGCAGGAAGUGGAAGCCGAAGCAAAGGAAUCGACGGAGGUGACUGGAAGCAGGAAAGGGAAGAGGAAACGGAAGGCUAAGAGUUCUGAAGUCGUAGAGGGUUUCAGUGUUUUUAGGAGUUCGGAAACCGUACUGUCUGAUGGAGAGAAAAAUGAUACGGAAGCUGAUCUCUCUCAGCAGAGGAAGGAAUUGGAAAAGCAACUUGAGAAAGCUUCGAUUCUGCGUAAGAAAUGUGGGAUACAUAUUUCUGGCCACGACGUUCCUUCUCCACUUGAGAGCUUCGGAGAACUUCAUUCAAGGUAUGGCUGUAAAUCAUAUUUAUUGCAGAACCUACAAGAACGUGGAUUUAAAGAGCCUACACCUAUUCAAAGGCAGGCUAUUCCAGUACUCCUCUCGGGUCGGGAGUGCUUUGCAUGUGCCCCAACAGGUUCUGGCAAGACUUUGGCCUUUUUAUGCCCAAUUCUUAUGAACAUUAAGCCAGGAUCCAAAGAUGGUGUAAAGGCUGUAAUACUUUGUCCCACAAGAGAAUUAGCUGCGCAAACUACUAGAGAGUGCAAGAAGCUGGGAAAAGGAAGGAAAUUCUACAUUAAAUUGAUGACUAAGGAGCUCGCAAGAUGUGGUAAUUUUGACAAAAUGCCCUGUGACAUUCUCGUAUCGACUCCACUUCGCUUGGAUUUUGCUAUGCGAAAAAGAAAGCUUGACCUCAGUAGGGUAGAGUACCUUGUCUUGGAUGAAUCUGAUAAGCUAUUUGAGCUUGGAUUUGUAGAGCAAAUUGAUUCUGUGGUUAAAGCAUGCUCAAAUCCUUCAAUUAUACGAUCCUUGUUUAGUGCUACGUUGCCUGAUACUGUUGAAGAACUUGCACGCUCCAUAAUGCAUGAUGCAGUUCGGGUUAUAGUGGGUAGAAAGAAUUCUGCAUCCGAGUUGAUAAAGCAAAAGCUGAUUUUUGCUGGAAGUGAAAAAGGAAAACUGCUUGCUUUACGGCAAAGCUUUGCAGAGUGCCUGAAUCCUCCAGUAUUAGUUUUUGUACAAAGCAAGGAAAGGGCGAAGGAGCUCUACAAGGAAUUGUCAUUUGAUGACAUAAAAGCUGAUGUCAUUCAUGCUGAUCUAACUCAGCAGCAGCGAGAAGAUGCAGUCGAUAACUUCAGAGCAGGCAAAACAUGGGUUUUAAUAGCAACUGAUGUUGUUGCUCGGGGUAUGGAUUUUAAGGGCAUCAACUGUGUUCUUAAUUAUGAUUUUCCUGAAUCAGCUGCAGCCUACAUUCAUCGAAUUGGUCGAUCUGGAAGGGCAGGAAGAACUGAAGCAAUAACUUUCUACACUGAAGAGGAUAAGCCAUUCCUGCGGAAUAUAGCCAAUGUGAUGGUAGCUUCAGGAUGCGAAGUUCCGUCCUGGAUUCUGGCAUUGCCCAAGCUCAAACGUAAAAAGCACCGGCCAAAGCGAGACUCAGUCUCAACCAUUCCUGAGGAUAAUGCCAGAAUGAGAAUGCAAAAGGUCUAUUGACAACAUCAAAUCCUUCUUUUCGCAUCUUCUGGAUUUUGUCUGCCUACUCACCUUGUGGCAUCCUGACCUUCUGGCUAGUCAACUCUUGUUAGCUUUUGCCUGUACAGACACCUGCUGCUGUUUGCUUCCCCUCAUCUUUUUACACUUGCCAUCAUUGAUAUCCAAGAGCCUCCAAUUAUGAUGCUUGGAGAUAUGUCUAAAUGCAAUCACAUAAGCCAUUUGCAUAAGCUGACCAUGCUUAAUCAGUUCCAUUCUCCCACCAUUUACUUUGUGACAAAAAAUUUUGUAAGUGAUUAGAUGUUGAGGAGAGUUGUCAGUUUGUUUAGCUAUUGCUUGUUCUCUGCUCAUUCUCUGUUUAUCUCUUUUGUGAAAUUGUAUCAUGUGGAUGAGCCUAUUUAUGGUCCUUGAAGCCAAGUAAUGGUUCCUGUUUUAUGAAAGAGUGAUUUUUUUUUUUUUGACUCCCCAAGUCUGAAUUUGUAACCUGAGAAACAAAGGUUGAUUUAUUGAAUUUCUGAGAACUGACGAACUUUUAGAACCAUA